AUGGUGUUAUGCGAUAAGAAGUUCCCGAUAAGACUGAAAGGUAAAUUCUACAGAUGUGCCAUUAGGCCAGCUCUGUUGUAUGGGUCAGAGUGUUGGCCUAUUAAGAAGAUUCAUGAACAAAAGAUGGAAGUAGCAGAGAUGCGAAUGCUAAGGUGGAUGUGCGGUAACACAAUUAUGAAUAGAAUUAAGAACAAGGAGUUUAGAGAGAAGUUAGGCGUUGCUCCAUUAUUUGAGAAAAUGCGUGAAAAUAGGUUAAGAUGGUUUAAACAUGUGCAAAGAAAGACUCUCGAUACUCCCGUUAGAAGGAUAGAAAGCAUCAUUGUGGAGGGGUUUCUUCUAUUUGAGGGUAAAAUCGAUCGCUUUCCUCUAAUUCUCCCUGUGAAGGGAGUACGGUGGAGAAAUAUCACUAUCAGUAACAAGUACAAUGAAAUAGAGGAAGUAUUAGAAUAG